AACUAAGAAAAUUCUUAUAUACAGGAAUGGAAGAAAUUAUUUUUACUCAUGUGAGAUGCAAAAAUUAAUAACCUGUGAAGGGAUUUUAAAAUGAAUAAGGCAUUUGCAAACGUACUUUUUAAAUAUCAUAUGAGACCUGUAAAUUAGCUUUGUCAUUAAAUAUAGAAGAAUGUUUGGAUACCAUGUCAACAUCCUCCUUCAGAUAAAGAGAAAAGCUCUCUUUUCCACCAUAGACAUCUAUACAAGGCAAUCAUCCACUGAACAUAAUGUAACCAAAUAGUGAUUUAGCAACAAUGGGCCUAUUUAUCUGUAGAGAAAAGUCUUAUUUAUGGAUUUAAGAACAAUAAAGUUGAGUGCCAAAAAUAGCAUAAUUAGGAUGUUAGGUGACUAUAGACUAUCAUUUCUACACUAGCCUUUGGAUAACAAAAAGGGUUUAUUAAAUUACUUACUCCUAGUUAUUAAAAUCACCCUCAUACUUAGAUUAAAAAAAAGAAAAAAAUAAGGACAUAAAAAUAUUUAUGGUGGUCUGCACAAACAGGAAAAAAAAUAUUUAAGAAUUUAUAAAUUAUCUGAAUUCAAGACAAAGAUCAUGUCAGAAAGUAAUUUUGUUUUGUUUUUUCUGUAGCUACGAUCUUUCUCUCAAUUUGUUUAGACGAGAAAUUACUACCUGUAUCUGGAAGGUAUUUCAAAACGAUGAGUUUAAAGGAUUAUGAGAAGACAUGAUUUGGGACCAGUAAAAAAUAAAUAUUAAAGAAAAUAAGUCAAAAGAAUAAUGGAGCAGUACUGCACUGGAGCUAAACAAUGAAUGCUGUGUAUUGGCAAAUUUCAGUCAUAGUUACAGAAAGUAUGUGACUGCCAAUAUUUCUGUAUGGUUGUAGAUUUAAAAAGUUUUUUCAUAAAAUAAAAUUGUUGAACAUGCAUUGUAAAUUGACACUGAAAAAAUUGUCUAAAUUUUAUAAGAAUUUAUUGCAAUAAUUUAUUAAACAUACACAGAAAAUACAUAGAGGAUACUUAGAUUGAUCUAAGUUAUAAUUUUAGUUAUCAUGUCCCUUGUUAAACUGCAACAAAUAUUUAUGCUUGCUUACAUUUCUGGAUAUCAAAAUUUUUCUUAUGGUAGCUUUAAAGAAGUCUUGUUAUUUCUGCUUUUGGAGUUGUUUCCCAACAUCAAUUUAAUAGGACUCAAAAAUGAAAUGAAGAACCAGUCAAGGGAAAUAGAGUUCAUUCUCUUGGGACUGACAGAUGACCCACAGUUACAAAUUGUGAUUUUUAUAUUUCUCUUUCUCAAUUACAUUUUGAGUGUGAUGGGGAACUUAUCCAUCAUUCUCCUCACCUUGCUGGACCCUCGCCUCAAGACUCCAAUGUAUUUCUUCCUCCAAAAUUUCUCCUUCUUGGAAAUCUCAUUGACAACAAUCUGCAUUCCUAGAUUCCUGACAACCAUUGUGACUAAAAACAAAAUCAUUUCCUACAGUGGUUGUGCAUCUCAAUUAUUCUUUUUCCUUUUAGUAGCAAUUACAGAGUUUUACCUUCUGGCUGCCAUGUCUUAUGACCGCUAUGUAGCCAUCUGUAAACCCCUUCAUUGCCCCAUCAUUAUGAGAAGCCAAGUGUGCUACCAACUUGUACUCUGUUCAUGGGCAGCUGGCUUUCUGAAUACCUUCCCACCAUUGCUUAUGGGACUGAAACUGGAAUUCUGUGCUUCCAAAGUAAUUAAUCAUUUCAUGUGUGACACUUCUCCUAUCUUGCAGAUUUCUUGCACAGACACUCACUUCCUAGAAUUGAUUUCAUUUGUUUCAUCAGCUAUAAUACUUGUGGUCACAUUGCUGUUAGUGAUUUUUUCCUAUACAUAUAUAAUCAAGACCAUUCUAAAAAUCCCCUCUGCUCAGAAAAGAACAAAAGCAUUUUCCACUUGUUCUGCCCACAUGACUGUAGUCUCCCUUACUUAUGGUAGCUGUAUCUUCAUUUACAUGAAACCAUCAGCAAAAGAAAGGAUGGCUUUAUCCAAAGGUGUAGCUGUUAUCUAUACCUCAGUUGCCCCUUUACUCAAUCCCUUCAUUUACAGUUUAAAGAAUCAGCAAGUGAAACAAGCUUCCAAAGAUACACUCAGAAAGAUUUUCAUUUUUUUCCAAAAAAUAAAUAAAAGAUUUAAAUCUUGACAGAAACGAUGAG